GAGGAUAGACGCUGAUGACACUCUGACACGGGGACGGACGAGGUGCUUAGGCUUAUCCACACUCCGAAUCGAAACUGACCAAAUUUCGAAGGGACUGAACAAAGAGAGAGCCUGCUUUAGAAAAUGGCUCUCCUUUUCUGCUUCAAUCCUCUCACCUCUCUCUCCUCCUCCUCCUCCUCUUCUUCUUCUUCUUCAUUUUGGUCCUCAUCAUCAUCACCAUCAUCACCAACCUUUUCCAUCAAUGCUACCCCAAUCUCCAGGUUGCACAUGAAACCCAUUGAUCUGCACCCACAAUCUUUUAAAGGAAUUCGGAUUCGCACACCCUUUAUCAUCAACAGGACGGGUUUGUUAAUCGCCAGAGCUUCUUCUGACAUUGACGGAACGGGUGGUGAGCCUUCUUCAGGUAGCAAGGAAGAGGCUCAGAGCAAGGAGGAGGAGGUUGUGCCGGUUGAGAAUCUCCCGUUAGAGUCGAAGCUGCAGGAGAGGGCGGAGCAGAAGCUGAGGAUGAAAUUGGCGAAGAAGAUAAGGCUUAGGAGAAAGAGGCUUCUUCGAAAGCGGAAGAUGAGGAAGAAGGGUCGAUGGCCGCCCUCGAAGAUGAAGAAGCUAAAGAAUGUCUGAACUUUGCCUCAACAUGUCUUGCAGGUUAUGUGCUGACCCUUUUGCUUAUUUCUGUCAUUUCAAUUUGUUUUUGCGAGCUCAGACAACAUCUUUGUUCAUCAUUAAGGACUUCAAUGGAUGUAACAUGUUCCAAUUUGUUUUCAAGUUGAAUUGUAGAUGGUUUAAAGUUACAUCUUUUAGUCGUCUUGAUAGAUGAAAUAUUUGCAUUUACAGAUUGUUUAAAUUCC